AUGCCCAAGGUAAUUAAUAUUAUGCAUGCGCUCGCAGUUCGCUUCUUGGAGAGUCGUUGGCCGGCGUGCAUGUCGGAAUGGGAGCAAGAUCGCGAGCAUAGGGGACAGCAUCUAGAUCCAGCGCGCGCCGUGAGCAUCGCGAAAGCUAACUCUGUGCGUUCAAUACUCCCCUUGGCAUUCUAUGAACUCCACACAAUGCUCAAAGCCGAGUAUCAAACUAUCAUGUCACGUUUGGAUGUGCAUAUUCCGCUCCCUGACUUGAAUCUUCUCUCGGCGGACGAUCUGCGUCGUUUGAUCAAGGGAGGCGCCGUCUUCGAUGUUGACUGCAAAGCCGCCUUUGCGCGGCUUGAGUCCUUUGACACGUCAUCGACGUGCGCUAGUAAAGACAAGCGCUAUAAAGAGUGCGUCGGGCACAUCUCGGAGCCUUUCGCGAAAAUGAAGAAGUCGGACGAACGGUUGUACGAGUAUCGGCUGGGACGACCGUUCGUGUUGCUUCGCUCCCUCGAUGAAGGCCUCUUGCACUUUUCGUCAGGGCUCUGCAAGGCAUGUGUUGAGCUCUUUCAAGCGCGUGCGGGAGCGGAGAAGUAUAUUUUAUGGAAAACCCUACCGAAAGCAUUUGACCUAAUCGAGGAUGUAGGAGAGGAUUGGGGUACGAAAUAG